AUGGAUGAUAACCGAGUCCCAGACACCUAUUAUCUUACUCUAUACAACACUGGCAGAGCAGAAGAUGCAUAUCCUUACCACGUGAUCAGCGCCUGUAACCUGGACAUCUACAAUUUUCCCUUUGAUGUUCAGAACUGCACAUACACAUUCAGUUCGUACAAACUCACGAAAAGAGACAUCCUGUUAACAUCGGAGCCGGUGACGGAAACGUUGGAGAGCUCUUUUCGUAACAUAGAGACUAAAGGAGAGUGGGAACUUAUUGACAUAUUGUCCAGCAGACCGAAAAACACCACGUAUUUUAACUUCGAUGGGUUGGACAGCUGGGAUGAAAUUGCUUACCAUAUUAUCCUGAGACGUCGACCGACUCAGUACGUGGUGAAUCUGUUGAUCCCCAGUUACUGCUUGAUUACCGUUGAUGUGUUCAGUUUUCUUCUGCCGCCUCAGAAUGUGGAUCGAUCCGCAUUUAAAAUGACCCUGAUCCUGGGAUACACCGUCUUUCUCCUCCUGAUGAAUGAUCUGCUCCCUGUUACAGGAAACACCAUCCCUAUAAUAAAUGUGUUCUUCUCUCUGUGUUUGACAUUGAUGGUGGCUAGUCUGUUGGAAUCAAUUCUCAUCACUAAUUUACUGUGCGGCUCAGCUAACUAUCCGCCUUUACCAAACUGGGUCAAGGUCAUUUUCCUGCAUUACCUGGCACGAUUUGUUGGUCUGAGCAAGAAAUCUUCAGACCAAAAUGAUGUCACUCAAAAGAAACUACCUAAACACGAAUCGGCAGAAAUAAUGUAA